CCCGCGUUUAUAAUCGACUGAAGGAAACGUUUGAAAAAUAUUUAUUACUAAAGUUUCGUAUUUUAUAUAUGUAAUAUAAAAGAAUACGUGAUAAAAGUAUAUUAUAAUUGUAUAAAAAUAAAUUAAUUUAAAUAUUUUUACAUAAAAUUAAAAUAAAAUUUAUUUCGGAAACAAAUUUUUUAAUUCUAAAUAUUAAAGUGUGAAUAUUUGUGAAUCAAAGAGGUUAUGUUGUUGCUGUAUCAUUUUUAUAAACUUAUAUAUAAAGAAUAUUAGAAUAAAAUAAAAAAAAAAUUUUUUAAUUUUGUAAUCAAAAUAUAUAAAUAUGCCCACUUGGAAUCAAAUUCAAGCUCAACUUCGAAAUCCAAAUAAUCCGGUAGUAUUUUUCGAUGUAUCCGUGGGUACUACAGAAAUCGGACGAAUGAUUUUUGAACUCUUCGAAGAUGUUUGUCCAAAAACAUCGGAAAAUUUUCGGCAAUUUUGCACUGGAGAAUAUAGAAAGGACGGUGUACCUUUGGGUUUUAAAGGUGCCAUAUUUCAUAGAGUUAUUAAGGACUUCAUGAUCCAGGGUGGUGAUUUUGUAAAUGGUGACGGUACUGGAGUUAUAAGUAUCUAUGGUGGUGGAACCUUUCCUGAUGAAAAUUUUACAUUAAAACAUGACUCACCUGGAUUAUUAUCCAUGGCAAAUAGUGGUAAAGAUACUAAUGGUUGUCAAUUUUUCAUCACAUGUGCCAAGUGUAAUUUCUUGGAUGGUAAGCAUGUUGUUUUUGGAAGAGUUAUCGAUGGACUUCUAGUUAUGAGGAAGGUAGAAAAUGUUCCCACAGGGCCAAACAAUAAACCAAAAAUUCCUGUGACAAUAUCUCAAUGUGGACAAAUGUAAUGAUUUAAAUAAUUGUAAUUUAAAUAAUUGUAAUUUAUAUUUUUUUAUGUAAGUUAGAGAUAAAAUAUGCUUAUAUAAACAACGUUUCAUAAUUCUUAAAAAUGAAACUAUUAUUUUCAUCAAAUACCUCUCUUUUUCCAAUAUUUUUUAAUAAAUAUUUUCAAUAGAUUAUAAUUAUAGUUUAAAUUAAUAAUCAUGACUGUAAUUAUUUACUUCAGGGCUAUUUUAAUUACCUUCAAGUAUUUUAUAAUAUCCUGUUAAUAGAGAUUGGCUAUCAAGACUUGCUUAUUAGUAUUUAAAAGCUAAGCAUCUUAAUCAACAAAUCAAUAAUUUUAAUGAACUACAGGUAUGAUCAAAAAAUUCUGAUAAAAUAAAUAUGAAAUAGAAUAAAUUGUUAUUUCACGAAUUUUCAAUCUUAUUACGUUAAAUUUACAUACCAAAUAAAUAAUCUACUAUAUAAUCUACAUUAUAUUUUAAUGGAUAAAAAUCUAAACACAUCUGAAAUAUUAAUGCGACUUACAACUCGGAUUACAAAACAUUCAAAAUAACAUGUAAUAUGCGUGUGUAUGUGUGGUAUGUGUAUAUGAUCUAACAUUAUAAUUAUACCAAUUAAUUCCAACCGUAAA